UUCCAAGCCUUUGUAGCCUCGCCCCCGAUACUACUGAGUCGAGAGAACUGACUUGUUUAGUGUGUGACGAGGAACCAAAAUAAAAACUAGCGCUAAAAAACCCUGCUCCUGUACGUCUUCUCAGCGAUUGUCACGGGAUUUCAAUGUUCAUCCUGUUUGUUUGUUUCCGUGCAGAUCCGGCCCGCACAUUUAUGGCGUUUGUGAGUGGAGACUUCUGCCAUGCUCAGCACCUCAGCAUUGUGAACAAGUGAAUCAUCAGCCCCCCACGGGACUACGCUACCCAGAAACCCCCCUGACAGCUAGCACUGAGCCCUGCCUGUCUCUCCUGAAUCCUCCUGGGAUUACGCGUAGUCCUCAGCCUGAGCGCAAACAAGUUCUCUCUUCUACCCCAGCCACUUUCUGUCUCUACAGUCAAUCCAAAACACCUCUCCUGAAUGGGCCGUCUUGCCAACAUGAACCGCCCUGCCGCUGUUGAAAUUACCUACGAGUGCAUGAGAUUCCUCAUCACGCACAACCCUACCAACUCAACCCUCAACAAGUUCACAGAGGAACUGAAGAAAUUUGAGGUAAACACAGUUGUGCGCGUGUGCGAGGCCACUUAUGACAAGGCGCCUGUGGAGAGGGAGGGCAUCCAGGUCCUGGACUGGCCCUUUGAUGAUGGAGCUCCACCCCCCACCCAGAUUGUUGAUGAUUGGCUAAAUUUGUUGAAGACCAAGUUCCGUGAUGAACCGGGAUGCUGCAUUGCCGUGCACUGUGUUGCGGGAUUGGGCCGAGCACCUGUACUUGUGGCCUUGGCCCUGAUUGAGAGUGGGAUGAAGUAUGAGGAUGCAGUGCAGUUUAUCCGGCAAAAGAGACGUGGAGCCUUCAACUCCAAACAGCUUCUUUACCUCGAAAAAUACAGACCCAAGAUGCGCCUGCGGUUCAAAGAUGCCAAUGGUCACAACUGCUGCAUCCAGUAAUGUGCCAGUUGUAUACAACUAAUGGGGAAAAAAUUACCUAGUGCAAGCUGUGGGUAAUUAAUAUGAUGGUUAAUAUUCUGAGUCAUGACUAAUCGAAAUACCGAGAUGUAACAAAUUAAAUCUGAUCUGUGGAUUCACAAGCUGAAUGAAUGAGAGAGGUCAAAGCACACAGAUAUGGCUGCCUCCUGGUUACCAGUGUACCAGUCAUGGAUAUAACACACAGCAGUUCCUCAUGACAUCCCAAUGUCCAAUCAUGGGAUAACUUUUUAUUCUCCAUUAUUCUGAAAUGAAUUAUUUUACCAUUAUGAAAAGAUGUGUGCUUGUGUAAUGCUUUUGGUUGUUGAUUAAAUUGAACAUUGGUGUUAUAAUUGGACAAAAGGAUAUACACACUUUUCAAAAUCAGACAAUAACUUGUUUUAUUAAAACAAUAUUUUUAGUUGCUGAAAUGGACCAAAAGAGCUCUUUUCUCCGUUUUCUGAAGUCACUUUUAAUUUAGGGUCAGGAUGGGUUUUAAUGUCAACUGUAUUUAUUCACUAGAAAUAUCGAGUCUUGUCAGGCGUAUGGUUGGGGCCAGGACACUUUUCCCCCUCUUACAGAGCCAUGUUCUUUCAUUUUAGUUUUCUGAAUCUCUGGGGAGUGCAAUAUUCAGUCCAAUUUAGAAAAGCAAUCAUUCUUUAGGACUAUUCUACAUGCGUGCACACACACAUACACAAACACACAGGAGAAUAGCUUGAUUUAGGUACUUUUUAAUUGCCAUGUAUGCUUACUCUAGUAGUGGGUCAGUUAAAGGCUUUGCUGUAGGCCUGACUGUCCAUACACUGUUGCUGUGACCCUAUUGUUCAGCCCAUAGGCACACUCAAGGAAAUGACAGAUGGGAAACUUUUUUUUUUAUUAUUAUUUUAUUUUAUAAAUCUUUGCCCACAUUUUGAAAAGAGCCCCAUCUUGUUUUUAAAACGAAUAAACAAUUGAUAUGAACUCA